AUGUCGUUGGCAAUAAAGAGAAGCCAAUCAUACCAAAUCCUAUACUCAUCAACCCGCUACAUAGCUCUCCGCGAUGCUGCCAGACACUAUUCAUCACCAACUCCAGCACCAGUCAACAAACUCCCAUUACUACCUCCAUCUCUAACCAGCAAACCACUCCCAAAGCUAGGCGUCGCAAAGCUCACUGCCAGAUUAGAUGAGAAACUUAAAUUGGAUGUGGCCGCUCAACUAGAUGAGAAGAAGGGGUAUCAUGAUGGAUUACUGAAAAGGCUCGAAAAGAGAAUUGAUGAAGAGCACAAGAAGCUCUUGGAGCAGGAGUCGCAGCGGAAGGAGAUUCUCAAAACAAGUCGUCGCAUCUCGCCAAAGAUCCAGAAACAAAUGGAAGAGUUUCUGGAUUCCAAGAAUAAUAUGAGGGAUCGUGAAGCUCUCUACGAAGAAGCUUUCAAAGAAGGAUACUGGGAAAACACUAAAGAAAUGAUUCGUCAAGGAGACAAGCUAUGGGAGGCUUCCAAGACUGCUAUACCGACAAUAGACGCCAAACUGUUUCCAAACUGGGACGGCAUUGACCUAAACAACAAGCCUACAAACGUCAAGACUAUACUCGACGGCAAACUGUCUCUUGUGUGCUUUAUGAUGUCUGGUCUGGCAGAGAAACACAUAACCACAUACCUCGACCCAUUCCGCAAAGAAUUCGCUCAAGACACUCGCGUCAAGACCAUUCUCCUAAACAUUGAAGAAAACCCAGUGCGUGGUACAGCAGCUAAAUGGAUGGUGGUGCCCUUUAUUCGGUGGAAGACAGCAAAGACUGAACGAGGCAACUAUAUGCUACAUUUUGGACCAGUAGAUCGGCAGUCUAUCGGUAUAUCCAAUCGACAUCUUGGAUGGGUGCAGCUUGUAGACACGUUUGGACGAAUACGGUGGCAGGCACAUGGACCGGCAAAGCCGGAUGAGGUUGCUACGUUGUUGCAGCUGACGCGGGAGUUUAUGGAUGCAUCUCAGUAA